UCCUCGGCAAAUCUAAUGCGUAGCCUCUUUUUGCAAGAGGGUCACUUUCCAAAGCAUCCGCUACCGGAUGCCUGGACUUUCUACAACAAGCGACAUGCCUGCCAACGUGGACUCUUCUUUAUGGAGGGUGCUGAGUGGCUGCACAACAGGCGUAUUCUUAAUCGGCUGCUGCUAAAUGGUAAUUUGAAUUGGAUGGACGUGCAUAUUGAGAGCUGUACGCGCCACCUGGUGGACAGUUGGCAAGCGCACACAGAGGAGGCAAACAAAAGCGGAAAGCACUACGAGCUACCGGAUCUCGAAAAACAAUUGUAUCGUUGGUCCAUCGAAGUACUCUGCAGCAUCAUGUUCGGCUCUAAGGUUUUGACCUGCCCCAAAAUGCAGUCCGCUCUGAAUGAAUUUACACAGAUCGUUCACAAAGUUUUCGAGCAUAGCUCGCGACUGAUGAACUUUCCGCCUAGGCUGGCGCAGCUACUGCACCUGCGCAUCUGGAGCGACUUCGAGAGCAAUGUGGGCGAGGUGCUACAACAGGGUGCGGCAAUCAUUGAGCUCUGCAUUAGCUUGCAGCGGGGGCAGCCGCAGUCGGAGCAGGAUGAGGCCUUAUACCACAAGCUGCGGGCUGCGGCGGUGCCCAGCGAAAUGAUCAGGCGCAUUUUUGUGGAUCUGGUCAUAGCAGCAGGUGACACGACCGCCUUCAGCAGUCAAUGGGCUUUGUAUCUCCUGUCGCUCAAUCAGCUGCUACAACGACGUAUCGCCCAUGAGCGUGCUGCGGCUGAAUCUCAGCUUCUACACGGCUUGAUCAAGGAAACGCUACGCCUGUAUCCAGUUGCUCCAUUUAUCGGUCGCUACUUGCCGCAAGAUGCACAGAUUGGCGGCCAUUUUAUAGAGAAAGAUACCCUUGUGUUGAUCUCUCUUUACACUUCCGGCCGGGAUCCAUCACAGUUUGAGCAACCUCUAAAGGUUCUGCCCGAACGUUGGUUACUCGGGCAGACAGAUCGGGUGCAUCAGUCUCAUGGCAGCCUGCCCUUCGCCAUUGGACAGCGGUCCUGUAUCGGGCGACGUGUGGCUAUGAAGCAGCUGCACACGCUACUGGGAAAAUGCGCUUCCCAGUUUAAAAUGCAGUGUCUCAACGAAAAGCCCGUGGAUUGCAUGCUGCGCAUGGUCACUGUGCCCAGUCAGAUCUUGCGCUUGGCACUAACGCUCAAAUUUGAAAAGGGCAAAACGGCACCAGUAUAG